CACGUGACACAUUGAGCUCAGUCCGAUCACAUGACUCUAACGUCAUCAACUCCUGUGCUGGUUAUGGAGGAGCUGUAGGAAGUACCGGCACCAGACGGGUUACAGGUAUUUCUAGAAAUAAUAAAUUGCCACCUUGUAAUAAGAUGUUGGAAAAUGAACAGAAAGUGCCAUACCGCCGCCUUGAACCUGCUGUGCAGAAAUUUGCCAAAAUUGUUAUUCCAACAGAUCUGGAAAGACUGAGGAACCAUCAGUUAAAUAUUGAAAAGUAUCGGAGGUGUAGAUCAUGGGAUCAGCUGCACAAAGAACAUAUAAAUGCAGGACGCACAGUGCAACAACUACGAGCCAACGUUCAAGAGAUGGAAACACUUUUGCUGAAAGUGAGGAAAGAAGAUGUACAUUUCUUGAGAACGGUAUUACAGCCAGUAAAAGAGAUGGCUUUAGCUUCAAUAAAUGAUUUUUUGGAACUUCACUCAAAAUCAGUUGAAGAUUUAAACUCACAUGAAGAAAGUUUGUCUGACAUGCAGAAUACUGCACAAGCAAAAGAUUCUUUUAGUGUAAGUGAUUCCGAAAGACAGAUACAGUCAUACCAACUACAAAUUCAAGAACAGAAUGCCUCAGAAUCAUGGAAUACUCUGGAAAAGGAUUUACUUGACUUAAAUGAAAUUGUAAAUGACUUUUCUCAUCUAGUACAUACUCAGCAGGAGAAGAUUGACAGCAUUGAAGACCAUGUCAACACUGCUGCUGUGAAUGUUGAAGAGGGAACCAAGAACCUGGGGAAGGCUUUACAAUAUAAGCUAUCAAUGCUUCCUGCAGCAGGUGCUCUCAUCGGUGGAAUAGUUGGAGGUCCUAUAGGCCUGAUGGCAGGCUUCAAAGUGGCAGGGAUUGCAGCUGCUAUUGGUGGUGGACUUCUAGGCUUCACAGGAGGAAAGAUCUUGCAGAGAAAAAAGGAAAUCCUGGCAAAAGAACAGGCCUCCAUUACAGAAGACUGUCCACAAGAAAAUAAAAAAUCCACUUGAUGGGAUUAUUUGACAUUUUAACAAGAAAUGUUUCAAAUUGUUUAAAAAUAUUUUGUAAAGUGCUGUUGCUUUGCACUUUUGUGAUCAAUGUCUGUUAAUAUUUGCUUUUAUAUGCAUCCAACAUACAUUUGAAAUAAACCUUAUAAACAGUGUAAAA